GUAGAACUGAGGGGCCCCUUACUUAAGGGGAGUUGGCCCAGGACGGAGCAGUCCUCUGAGCCGGCACUUACACAACCACCCUGGAACUUUCCAGGGUCACUCUCUUCAUCUCAUUGAAAUUCAGGAAGCGGCACUCUUCCCCUGGCUUAAGGGCAGUUUUGCUGGGCUUUUGUUCCAUUUGUGAAUAGUGCUUGCUGGAAGCCCGGGGCAGGAUGACUCGGUAAGAGCCACCCCUCACCCAGAGACCAGCGCUCCCAACGCCAGAAACCACCGGAGAGUGAUCCACAAUCAGUGAUAAUUUUAUUGCUGGUAAACAAGCGGCAGCAGCGGUGACCGCGGCGCUCCAGGGGCAGCUGUCGUGGGCGCGUGUCCUCGGAUCGCCAUGGCGCGGGACGAGCAGUGCAGGGAGGAGCUCAGUUACGACCGGAUGCCCACCCUGGAGCGGGGACGGCCGGAGGCCGGGAGCUACGCCCCGGACGCCAAGCCCAACGAUCUCCAGCUGUCCACAAGGCUGCCCCCGUGCCUCAGUCACAAGACGUGGGUUCUCUCUGUGUUGAUGGGGAGCUGUCUGCUUGUGACUUCGGGGUUUUCGCUUUAUCUGGGAAAUGUGUUUCCUUCUGAAAUGGAUUACUUACGUUGUGCUGCAGGAUCGUGCCUUCCCUCGGCAAUUGUGAGCUUCGCUGUUUCAAGGAGAAACAUCAAUGCGAUCUCCAACUUUCAGAUCCUGUUUGUGUCCACAUUUGCCAUCACCACUACAUGUUUAAUCUGGUUUGGAUGCAAACUGGUCGUGAACCCCUCAGCAAUCGACAUCAACUUUAACCUGAUUCUGCUCCUUCUGUUGGAGCUUUUCAUGGCGGCCACAGUGAUCAUCUCCGCGCGGUCGAGCGAGGCGCAUUGUAAGCAGAAGGGCUCCAUGUCCGAUAGCACCAGCGUUUUGUAUGAAGUGGCAUUUCCUGCUCGGGUCCUGAAAUCCUAUUCAGUCAUCGAGGUGAUUGCCGGCGUCUCUGCCGUCUUGGGUGGGGUCAUUGCUCUGAACGUGGAUGAAGCCGUCUCGGGGCCGCACCUCUCCGUGACCUUCUUUUGGAUCUUAGUGGCCUGUUUUCCAAGCGCCAUUGCCAGCCACGUCACAGCUGAGUGUCCCAGCAAGUGCCUGGUGGAGGUGCUGAUCGCCAUCUGCAGCCUCUCGUCCCCGCUGCUGUUCACCGCCUCCGGGUACCUGUCCUUCAGCGUCAUGCGGGUCCUGGAGGUCUUCCAGGACUACCCGCCCGCCAUCAAGGCGGCGGCCCAGGGGCUGAGAGCCAGGGGCCAGAGCAGGCCGGGAGCUCGCAGCCUUGUGUCCCCCCAGCAAUCCUACGAUGUGCUGCUGCUGCUGCUCAUGCUGGAGCUGCUCCUGCAGGCCGCCCUCAACACCGGCACGGUCGUCCGCUGCGUGAGCUUCAAGCUGGGCGCGUCCUGGGAUGCUGCGCAGACCAGCCAGCAGGAGCGCCCGGCGGGGGAGGUGUCCAGAAGCCCCCUGAAGGAGUUCGACAAGGAGAAAGCGUGGAGGGCCGUCGUGGUGCAGAUGGCCCAGUGACCGUGGGGCGGGGAGACCGAGGCCGGAGCAGGGCCCCGCCUGGCUGGCUGUCUUCAAGCUGCCACUGUCUAACCUGCCCCUUUCAUCUUUGUCCCGGCUAGGCUGCAAGGUGCAGUUUUCAUUUCUUACAGUAGUUUAAUUUUUAAAUAGGCAGACGUUGACUAUUUUGUGUUAUGAGUCUGGGUUCCUCACCCUGAGACGCCACCUCCUGAGCGGCGGGGUGAGGCUCUCCGUGGGGGAGGGGCUCAUGCUGGACCCAGACCCUCCCGGCACGGUACGUAGACAGGCCCCGGAUGUGCAGCCGGCCGGCCACCUGUGUGCCCUCCUGGACCCGGUCUUGUUGAGCACCCACUGCGAGCAGACGCCGCCCGAGUGGACCUCAGCGACUUCAGCGUUCCUGUGCUGAAACGUGCCUACCACUCACUAUGUCAGCCACGGGGCCGAGCUGCUGCCCCUGCCGUGUCCUGGGGGGCCAGGGCGGCCCCCUCUCCCCGCACUGCACCUGUGUGGAGCCCACGUGCCCAAAUUCCUGCCCUCUCUCUCAAACCAAGUCAUUCCAGAAGGACCCUGCCUACUCUGCGGCGCUGGUGCUCUGUGUCAUGCGUGGCGUGCAGAGACCCGGGUCCGCAGGUGCUGUCUGCAGUUGUGCCGGGGGAACCAGCUCCUGAACCCUUUUGUCAACACCCACACUAAGAGUGACCCCGGCCACUGUGACGGCUCGGUGUUCUUUGUUCUUUGGGGUGGGGCCACACCCAGGGCUUUGGAAACGUGGUCACGGUUCUGGGUUGCACUGGCCUUGGUGACGCAGGUGGGGCUGGACCCCUCACUCCUGUCAGGGCUCUGCUUGCACUCCCAGGACCGUGCACAAGGUGCCAGACAGAUGCCCCUGGAACCCUCAGGGGUCAUCACCGGGCACUCGCCAGCCCCCUCUGCCUCUUCACCUCACUCAGCCGAGGUCUGGCACCGGCCAGGGUCUCUUCCAUCUGUCACUGCCCCCUCCCAGAUGGCGGGGACAGUUUGGGUGUGAGGAUAAUAUUUGUUUCGGUUAAAAUCAUGGCCAAGAAUUAAAGUUUGUGUGCCAUCUCCUUGUCCCUUAGAAUACCUGGAAUUUUCUGGAAGAACGAUGAGCUUUUCCCCAUUGACACGGGCAGGGAGCACCUUCUAGAAGCGGAAAUGUCCGUGGUUUCAGGAGUUGUCUUGGGGCAGCACUUGCAUCCACAAGGCUGCACGUGCAGGUGGCUGUGUCUCUUCUCACACAGAAGCAGCUCAGCAGCGCUGUGCUGGAAGGUGCUGGAAGGUGCUGACGUUUGCUCUUUCCUGUAGCUCGCUAGUGAGGCUUGGCCAGGGCUGGCUGGGGGUAGGCCUGGGGGGGGAUUCAAGGAUCGCCUCUGGUUUCUUAGGCUGAGCACAGGUGACUGGCCACCAGGUGUCCUCACAGUGUUCAUGGCAGGCUGGCUCGGGAAGAAGGCAGAAGAGACACGGGGGGGGGGGGGGGGGGGGGGGGGGGGGGGGGGGGGGGGGGGGGGGGGGGGGGGGGGGGGGGGGGGCAGCUGAGGAGGCCUUGUCCUCGCGGCCUUGGCCGUGUGGGCAGAUGAGCAAGGGCAGGGGAGACGGCUCUUUCCUGCACACACGCAGGCCCCCCAGCCACAGUCCAGGUCCCCUCCCCUUCCUGCCUGUGGCUUCCAGGCGAGGAGGCCACGUGGGACAGGAGCCACGGAACCGGCACAGGCCACUCUGGUGUUUCCUGGGUGUCAGGACGUCUUAGUCUUCGAGCUGGAAUUCAGCACCCGGGCGCGUGGUACUGGCUUGCACUUCAUUUCAGACAGAGCUUGAGAAAUCCAGACAAGUGGGGUUUCAAAAAUGUAUGAUUCUGUUUCUGUCGAUUUACCUUCUUGUUUGAUACAGUUUAAUGCCUCCUGAAUAAUAAAUGCUAACAUGUAAACUUGGCCUA